AUGCCGCAUGCAAACACCACGCCCCUCCCCCUCCCUCUCUAAUAACGCCCCCACAUUCUUGCACCACCCUCCACUCCCUGCCUCCUCCCCACCGCUCCCCCUACUCCCAUGGAGGAGCGGGUCUUGCCGCCACCGCCACCACCUCCUCCGCACAGCCCAAAACUCCAGCUCCCUGACAUCAACUCUGACACGUACGUUGUCCAAGUCCCUAAGGACCAAAUAUACCGCGUUCCACCACCACAAAAUGCCCGCAUUGCCGAGCUCCAUAGGCAAACUCCACCAAAAGACACGAAUCGAUCACGUUGUUGUUGGUGUUGGGUGUUCUUCAUCAUCAUCUUCAUCGCCAUCGUCAUCAUUGUCGGAGCCAUUCUAGGUGGCCUUUUCUCCGAAGUACUCAAACCAAAGGACCCUAAAUUUUCCAUCCAACGCUUCCACCUACAAAGCAAACCACACAAGCAAUACGACAUCACUUUGCAAGCCCACAACCCGAACUCCAAAGUGGGAAUUUCAUAUAAAGAAGGAGGGAGUGCUUCCCUCUCUUUAAAGAAACAAAAGAACAACAACAUUGGUAGUGGGUCCUACCCCACAUUCUACCAGCCGCAUGAUGACUCGACCGUGUUUGAUGUAACCUUAAAAAGCGCCAAGCCUGAUUUCCCUAAAGUGGUGCAAGAGAGCAUGGCGAAGGGGAAGAGCAAAACGCAUGUUGUGUUCUCAUUGGCCAUUCACGUUGAAGCGCAAAUUAAAAUGUGGUUGUUUCAAAGUGGGACGAUGAAAUACGACGUUGCGUGCCAGGUAACGGUGGUUGGUUUGGACAAAACUGCUCGUCUGGUUUCUCAAGAGUGUGAAACAAAACGACACUAGUUGAAGCUAUCUUUGUAAGAAGUUGUAGCGUCCUUGUCUUUUUGACUUGAGAUGCAAGUGUUGUAAGUUUUGAAAGUUUAAUUUCUUGUUUGAUGGUGUUCUGGAUGGGACCCUAUUGCCA